CGACAACAGUUCAACGACUUGCUUCCAACAGACGCCAAUGGUGAACACGCUCGACUCAGGCGCUACUUAUUCACCUCAAGAUAGAGAUCUCGCGGACCAACAUGAAGAUGGUGACGAAGAACAACUCUGGAGACAGUCAUCGCAGAGUAAAGGAAAGCAACGGGAGGACUCAAUACCCUCCGACGACGAGGAGCACACCAUAACAUACCCACCAGGGAAGGAUGGUGCUUCAGAAAUCAGGCGGAUAGAAGAGACACUGCGUCGUUGGGAAGUAGCAGAGAGAUUGAGACGGAAGGCUGCGCGCGACUCUUACACAGGAAACCGUUCGUCUAUUGUGUCACAGGUAGCCGGCUCUUUAUGGAGAGGAUCCGGCCAUUUUCGUCGUCAUUCUCUUGGGGGAAAUCAUGCUGCUUUACACUCUCGGGACUCAAUGGACCAUCUACCCAUGGAUAGUCUAGCGCCUUCUCCAGCCGUUUCUCCCAGAACCUCUCCACCUUUAGGUUCCGGUAGUAUUAACAUUCUAGAUAACCCUUUCAUCCAUCCUUCAGAAUCACUUUCCCAUUUAGCGGAUUCGCAUCAAGUCACUGCUGUCAUGAUUCCAACAACCCCUCCAGAAAAUGCUCCUGCCGAUGGCGAGUCUACCCUGUCAGACUGUGCUACAUUGACGGCCAGCGAAUCGUUUGUGAAGCCCCCAAGACCCCUUGGCCUUCCACCACCACGGACACCACCACCCAUAGAAGCACCCCCUCCGCCAGUACCUCAACCAACAUUACAUCCUGAUCAUAUUCAACGGUCACAUAGAGAUUCAGGACAACGAUGGUGGCACGAUUGGUUGUGCGGGUGUAGCGAGGGACCUGAUCGCGGUGGUGAUUAUCAAGCUGGUCGAACGAAUCCGAAUGAGUAGAGUUAUGAGCUUUAUGUUACUGGACUCUUAUCAUUAAUUAUGGACCUGGCAAGGGGAUAGCUUGUGUAUAUUCAACCGCUUACAUAAAGCUACAAACAAAGGUAAAGAUCGCGACCACGUUGAUAUGAACUUCGAC